CCCCCACAAACACAGCACACUUUCUCUCUCUACAAGAACACUCCCACUUUCUCUCUCUACAAAAUCCACGCACAAAAAAAAGUUCCUCGCUUUCGUUUUGGCUUCUUCUCUCCGAUUUUAAUCGUUUCAUGUCAUAUUUGUUUAUUAUUACUUUGGUUUCUGAUUCAUUACUCACACACUGUGCGUGCGAGCUACUGUUAAAGAAGAAGAAACUUUGAUACACCCGAGAAAAAAAAGCUUUUUUUUCCCUUUUGCUUUCCUUUUUUUUUUGUGGGGGCAACAAAAACCAAAGCAGAACAAAAAAAAAAGUAAUGUUCUUGAGCUUCUUCGGUUCUUGUUUGGCUCCUCUUAGCUAAGCUUCCAUGGCCGUGAUGUCGAAGAUGACGAUGAAUCCAUUUUACCUCUUCUUCUUCCUAUCCUUCUUACUACUCUGUCUCGCUACUUGUUCUCUGUCGUACGAGCCCCGGAAUCAUGAAGUGGAGGCGCUGAUAAGUAUAAAGAACGAUUUGCACGAUCCUCAUGGGGCUUUGAGCAACUGGGAUGAGUUUUCCGUUGAUCCUUGUAGCUGGGCGAUGAUUACUUGCUCUCCCGACAACCUCGUCAUCGGCCUAGGAGCUCCGAGCCAGUCUCUCUCGGGAACUUUAUCUGGGUCGAUCGGAAAUCUGACUAAUCUUCGCCAAGUGUUGUUUCAGAACAACAACAUCUCUGGUAAAAUUCCACCGGAGCUCGGUUUUCUGCCUAAAUUACAGACCUUUGAUCUAUCCAAUAACCGGUUUUCCGGCGAAAUUCCCGGUUCCAUUGGUCAGCUGGAUAGUCUCCAAUAUCUGAGACUGAACAACAACUCAUUGUCUGGGCCCUUCCCUGCCUCUCUGUCUCAAAUUCCUCACCUCUCGUUCUUGGACUUGUCUUACAACAAUCUCAGUGGCCCUGUUCCGAGAUUCCCAGCCAGGACUUUCAAUGUUGUGGGGAACCCAUUGAUUUGUAGAAGCAGCCCACCUGAAAUAUGCUCAGGAUCAGUGAAUGCAAGUCCUCUAUCUGUUUCAUUGAGCUCAUCAUCUGGACGCAGGUCCAACAGAUUGGCCAUUUCCCUCGGUUUAAGCCUUGGUUUCGCUGUUCUAGUAAUCAUAGCAAUAUGGUUCAUUUUGAAACGAAAGAACCGAAGAAAGCUACUGAUCCUUCGCAUGAGUGACAAACAAGAGGAAGGGCUGAUAAGCCUUGGAAAUCUCCGAUGCUUCAUGUUCAGAGAACUCCAAAUAGCUACAGACGGGUUCAGUUCCAAGAACAUUCUUGGUGCUGGAGGAUUCGGUAACGUGUACAAGGGAAAGCUAGGAGAUGGGACUAUGGUUGCAGUGAAACGAUUAAAGGAUCUGAACGGGACGUCUGGAGAUUCACAGUUCCGUACCGAGCUUGAGAUGAUCAGCUUGGCUGUUCAUAGGAAUUUGCUCCGGUUGAUCGGUUAUUGUGCUACUUCUGGUGAAAGGCUUCUUGUCUACCCUUUCAUGUCCAAUGGCAGUGUCGCCUCAAGGCUUAAAGCUAAGCCGGCAUUGGAUUGGAACAUGAGGAAGAGGAUAGCAAUUGGAUCUGCUAGAGGAUUGCUGUAUCUGCACGAGCAAUGUGACCCAAAGAUCAUUCAUAGAGACGUUAAGGCAGCGAAUAUUCUACUAGACGAGUAUUUCGAAGCAGUUGUUGGAGAUUUUGGGCUCGCUAAGCUCCUGAACCAUGGGGAUUCCCAUGUCACAACUGCUGUUAGAGGAACUGUUGGCCACAUUGCACCCGAGUAUCUCUCCACUGGCCAGUCGUCUGAGAAAACCGAUGUCUUCGGGUUUGGUAUACUCUUGCUAGAACUCGUAACUGGAAUGAGAGCUCUCGAGUUUGGCAAGACUGUUAACCAGAAAGGGGCCAUGCUUGAAUGGGUGAGGAAACUGCACGAAGAAAUGAAAGCAGAAGAGCUGGUGGAUCGAGAACUGGGGACGAACUAUGACCAGAUAGAGGUUGGUGAGAUGCUGCAAGUGGCACUUCUGUGCACACAAUACCUACCAGCGCACCGUCCCAGGAUGUCUGAAGUGGUUCAGAUGCUGGAAGGCGAUGGCUUAGCCGAGAAAUGGGCCGCUUCUCAUAACCAUUCACACUUCUACCAUUCCAACAUCUCUUCCAAAACCUCUUCUCGGUCUACAUCUGUUUCAAGACCCGAUGGCAAUGGCAAUGAUCGGUCGAAUCAACUGUUUGGUAUGGCAUUCGAUGACGAUGAUGAUGAUCAUCAUGCGUUGGAUUCACUCGCCAUGGAACUAUCAGGUCCAAGAUAACAGAUUGACAUUAGCAGAGAUCGAAGUUAAAGCCCUUCAUUUUUCCACGGAAAGCUCUCAUUCUCCCGUACUCUACGCAUUCAUUUAUAUAUGUAUAUGGCGAAAUUCAGAUUCUGGGUCUGUAAUGCAUUGAUGUAUAUAUAUUUAAGCUUUUGGUUUCGGGAUGUUAUUUCAUUGUCUUGCUGCA